AAAAAUUAUUUCAAAAAACGACCCCCCAUAACUUACUCAGAAAAACAGGAUUGGGAAAAAAAAAAAAUCAAAAAACAGCCUCCAUAACAAAUUACUCAGAAAAACGGUGAGGGCUUUUUUUCCCCUUCCAAGUGAAUGCAAUACGCUUCCGUACGUAUAUAUGUUAUACUAACUAACCCCAAAAAAUUAUCUUGCUCUCUAAAAGGUUUAAAAUGUCAACUUUUGAAUAGCUGCCCCAUAUGCCUGAAAGGGUUAAACGGGCUUCCUCCUCUUGGGCGUGCCUUCCGGGUUUUGGGUGGCGCACUCCAGCAGGAAAUGUCAGAGACAAGCAACAGACUUGUAACCUACACAAGACCACAAACUUCUACUACGAUCCAGGCCGACGACUGUGCAAAGUUCCCCACCAUGAUACCGAGCAAAUUUCCUGUUAAAGGAAGCAAGCUGCAGCUUCACAGUCGUGCGCAAAACACUUAGAUGUGGUUACCAGAAGAAAGCUGAAUAUGCAGGGAGUCAUCGCAAAAGUGUUAGUGGUCGUGGCCGCCACCAUUUUGAACCACCCCUCGAUUUUCCCGCGAGAAAAUUCCAUCGUCGCGGAGCAGGAUGAGGAGCUGAUGCUGCGCAUGCGGGAGUACGCAGAGCGGCUGGAAAAAGAGCGGGCCAAGCUGGAGGCAGAGCUCUCCCAGGCGAAUGAGGGCAACCAAUGGGAAGAAGCUUACAGCUGGUACUUCUGGGGCACCUUGUCCUGCAUGGUGUUCUGUGUUAUCGAGAUGUGCAGAACAGAAAUGGCCGAGUUAGACGUAAGGGCAGUCGAAGAUGACGAGGCACUUCCUACCGCCGCGAUGGUCCUAGAUAAGGACAUCUUGAGCUACUUCUGCAACAAAUGCACCUACAGCUCUUCCCGCGACACUGGCAGGGUGAGGGAGUUUGUGGAGGGUUUCGCCGAUGACCUCCUGGAAUCUCUCAGGAGCAUCUCGGACCGAGAAACCGACAUGGAGGUCGGUGACUUUGUCGGAAUCGGAAGCAUGUUCGAAUCUUGGCAGGUGCACAAGCCUCCGACAUGCGAUCUGGUCGUGCCUUUAUCGCCUCCGGAUCCGCUGGACUUUCAAGUCAGCCUCUGGUGCGAGGCAUCUAGUGACGCACCCCCCAACAGGCAGGGCUGUGGCACCGUCCGGGUGAGUGCGGUCGGGGACCACGAGGGCGGUUGUCUGUGCGGUUCUACCAACUUGGGAGAGGACAUGUUGUGCCUGCUGCACGGUAAAGCCGACAAGGUGCGAGGUAAAGGCCACAACCUCGAUAAACUGCUCUGCUCCAAAACAACCUCGCACUUGGCCAAGGAUUGCGUCAUGAAGUGGUUUCAAGUGUCCCUCACCAAAGCGUGGGGCCGCAUCAACCACAAAUAUGACUUUGAGGUUACCUUUUACAGCCUGGACGCAGCGGGGGCCCUGAAAAUCCGGUUUCCCUCGGGGAAAUCCAUCAUGGUGAACAUCAUCCCUGCCGUCCAACUGGUGGACACAGACGCCUAUUUGGUCUCCCAUUUUCCCUCGGACUACGGUGGACCUCCAGACCCAUUUUGGCCUCUUUCCCUAGCUGUCUAUGAGAGGAAUCUUCUGAAACACUUUGCCAAACUCCUACCUUCACAUUCCUGCCAUCUAAACUGCCUUCAGGUGGUUAUCUUCCUGCACAGGAAACAGACGACACUCACGGGGGCAAACGCUUUGACCGACUACCACUGGAAAACGGUCCUAUUGCACAUUUUGCUACUUAACAAACCGUCAGAGUGGACAGCCAGCAAAACUGAAAUGAGACUCCAGGACAUGCUCAGCUUCAUGCACAGAAGCCUUCAGGAGAAGCAACUCAUUCACGUCCUGAUCGGGAAUCGCAAAGUUCCGCGAGAACUGAGACUUCCAGAGAUUUUCCGUAAAGCAGAGCCGGUCAAUCUUUUCCGGGAUUUGGUGUUGAGGGGGCACAUUUACACAGCCACAGUGCGCCACCUCCAGGAGAUGUUAAGGAACGCAGCUGUGCUAUUGCAAGAGUACACGCCACUCUCGUCUGGUCGAGAAUUGGAUUACUAUAUGGUAGACUGGUAGACCUAGAGGACUUUUUAAAAAUUAUUUAUAGCGCUCAUAUUGAUAUGUUAUGCAAUCGCUACACCAUAUGGGCAAAAGUCUUUGGACACUCAUAGGCACUCACCUUGUAAUCAAUCAAGGGUUUGAUUACAGACCCUAGUCUAAUUUUUGAACAAUUCAUUGCCUCCAACUUGGGACCGUUUAGAAAAUGCCCUUUUCUGUUUUGGCACCUAAGACAACCACCACCAUGGUGUGCUCAGUCGUGUUUGGUACAGAUGAAGCCCACCAAACCCUCCUAGACUUAACUAGAACAGAGAAUAUGAGGCCAACACACUUUUCUGCUAUUUUCACUUCCUGCAUGGCCAGUACUUUUGUCCAAAUAGUGUUCUGAGCAGUCAUUAGAGGCACUAAAACUUGAUUAUUCAAUGCCAGCCAUCUCAGUUCAAAUGGAGUGAGAUUUAUAUCAACUUAAUAAGGACUAUGAAAACAAACGGGGAUAGAAAUCUAAAGUACUGUACCUCAUUUUGCUGGCAGCUAUUUCAGUUUAAUGUCAUAUUCAAACACAACCAAUAAAAUGUCAACUUUUCCAUUUA